AUGUCGGUUCGCAUCCAAUUCGACCAGCCCGACAACUACUGUUAUACGAACCUCGACUAUGUGAGCGGUCGUGUCACCCUCGUCCUUCCCACUGAUGCCACCAUCGCCGCCGUAAACGUCAAGCUUGAAGCCGAGAGUCGCACGCGCCUUUCUGGCCCGAAAUAUCCUCAUCACGAGAGGUCAGACAAGAAACGCACAGAGCUAGAGGUCCAUAAACUGCUCUACAAAGUCUUGACGGUUUUCCCUGCCCCGGAACUACAGGGCACCGGCACUGCUCAGUACACCCUCCUUGCUGGACAAUAUGUCUAUCCGUUCCGCUUCAAGUUCCCGUUCAACAAUGAUUGCACAGUCAACACGAGCAUGCUGAAGGAUCUCAAAGUUGGACAAUUAAACGUGCAAUUCGCCCCAGAUCAGAACCAGCAUGUCAAGAAAACGCUGCCACCCUCGCUGAGUGGCUUCCCUGGUGAAGCCGACAUCAAGUACUACGUCAAAGCUACGGUGGUGCGACCCAAGUUCUACCAAGAAAAUCUGAGAUCUCAAGUGAACCUCAAGUUUCUGCCUAUAGAAGCACCGCGCCCGCCCGAUCGGCAAGAGGAGACAUUUGCUAGACGUAAGCAACAAUUCCAGAGCUCCCCAACAACACCGACUCGAAAAGGCAGUCUGUUCAAAAAGUCUUCGGCUUCCGAGACAGUCAACUCAGAACCGCCAACCUUUCAGGUGGACGCACGACUACCGAACCCGGCAAUAUUGACUUGCAACGAGCCGAUACCACUUCGGGUGUUGGUCCAAAAGUUGGGCAACACCGACGCCGACGUCUACUUGAGCAUGUUCCAGAUCGAAUUGAUCGGCUAUACUCAUGUCCGAGCGCACGACCUCAACCGCACAGAGAGCGGAAGCUGGGUCAUGAAGUCGCUUGCCAACAUGAACAUGCCACUCAAUGUCCCGCAGCGGAAAUCGCAAAGUGAAUUCAAGGUGCCGUCAAAUCUCUGGGACAAUGUGCCAAUACCAAAUACUGUGGCACCUUCAUUCGAGACCUGCAACAUCACACGAUCGUACGAACUCGAGAUACGAGUUGGGCUUUCGCAUGCAGUGGGAGGUAGCGCACGGCCGGAACUGAUUGUGCUGCCGCUUCGGAUCCCUGUCGAAGUAUGGUCUGGGAUUCCUCCGCCUCCCGAGCUCCUGCGGGCGAUGCAGGAACGGGCGGGCGGCGAUGAGAAGCAGUCAACCUCUGUCUCUGGUCCGCACAAACAUUCAAGUGCUGCGUCAGACUUCCCAGCUUCGCCGAUGCAUGAGCGGCCCCCCGGUCCGGCGCCGGUUGGGACGAGUCAACCAGCAAAUGCAGCAGAUCUCCCCGAUGAUGCGCCUCCGAGUUACGAGGACGCGAUGGCUGCAGACUUCACUCCAGUCGAUGGACCCCGGCGCAAUUAUAGUGUUCCGGAUGGCGAGGAGGCAGCGCCUGCAUUCAACAGCGACGCGAAAGGUGGUGGUUUAGGUCGACGGGUCAGUGAGCGGCUUUUCUCGCAAAAUGCGCCGUCUUUUCCCCACAGAACGCCAACAUCACAGUCAAGUACAAUCCAGGAGGAACAACGAUAUACCGAAGACAACCCACCGCCCUUGCCUACCAGGACGUCGACGACGGAGAAGAACUGA